AGAGUCCUACAUUUGGCCCAAGCCCAUGCAAAGAUGCUGUAGCCAAGCAGAGUCUUGUCAUGACCGCUGGUGGCCUGGCUCAGCACACGCAGCUGAUCUCCCAUAUGGGCAACCUUGGGAGGUGGGUCAAAGUCUUGCAUCUUCUUGCCAAGAUGCGAACUCUCCGCCUACAACCAAACGUUAUUACCUACAAUUCCAGUAUCCAUGCAUGUGGUCGCAGCAAUUUGUGGCAGCAAGCGCUGGCUUUGUUGUUUGAGAUGAAGCACAAAUACCUGAAGCCGGACAACAUCUCUUACAACACCAGCAUUACCGCCUGCGAACGGGCCUUGCGUCCAGAUUUGAUAGCCCAACUCAUAGCUGAAAUGAGCCGAACAAGCAUUGAAGCAGACUUGGUGACCUACAAUGCGAGCAUCAGUUCUUGUGAGAAGAUCUCUGACUGGGCUGGUGCUUUGCAUGUGCUAUUUUCCAUGCACCAAAGGCUUAUCCAACCUGAUGUGGUGACCUUUGGAGCCAGCAUCAGUGCUUGUGAAAAGGGUUCUGAAUGGCUGGCAGCUUUGGACCUACUUGAAGACAUUCACCGCAGAAGGCUUCAAGCAAACGUCGUGGUCAACAGUGCUGCCAUCAGCGCUUGUGCGAAAUGCUCUAACUGGCAGUAUGCUUUGUGGAUCCUGCAAGACAUGGAGGCUCAAGAACUAAUGGGAGACGUCGUGGCAUACAGUUCGGCAAUCACUGCCUGCAAGAAGGGAGCGGCCUGGGAAUCAGCACUGGAACUCUUGCGGGACAUGAAGCAAGUUGGGCCACUACCAAAUCUGAUUACGUACUGCGCCAGCAUCAGUGCAUGUGAGACUCUUGGAAGUUCUGGACCGUGUAUUAACCUAACGCCUUUGCAAAAUGCAUUGAGUGUUCCCAGGUUCAACGUUCUGAGAAUCAACCAUUUUACAACAUCGCGAUGUUUGUCAGUAUUGCUGCUAUUGGAGCAGAUAAUCGGCCACCUUUGCUAGCUUUUGCGGGACAUGUUAUAUAGAAAUUAGAAAUAUAUUGACGUGCACAUGUCUCAUUAUUCAAUCAUUCAGGUAUGUUCACACAUUCAUUUGCUCCAAGCGCACCAGUUUUGUCAAUGGUGGAUUUGCCACUAAAUACACCUGCAGGGUCCGUUCAGCUGUUGGCUGUUGAUGCCUUCCUCAUGUUCCAAAAAGUUCUACGAAAUAGCUGUUCAUCCUGCUUCAUUGACGCGACGUCAAGGAGAGCAUCUCAAUGGCAUGCUGCAAUGUGGCUCUUUGAAGAGCUGCAAGGACAAUCCUUUGUGCCAAACCUGAUCGCUUACAGUGCCACAAUCAGUGCUUGUGACAAGGGAUCGUUGUGGCAGCAAGCGCUUUGGCAUUUAGAAGAAUCUGGCUUGCUUAGUGUGAUGCAUGCAAAGUGUUGUUUCUAAUGUGGGAAGUCAUACUAUGUUUCAAUACGUAUUUUUUUAAAAUAUGGUUUCCAUCAUGGAGGACCAACUUUUGUUUCCAGCUCGUGGAGUUCAGCCCAGGAAUUGACACAACGAGGGUUCGAAGCUGAUGCAAUAAUUUGCAGAAGUUGCAUUAGUGCAUGCAAGAAAGGGUCUCAAGGACAGUUGGCACGCAUGAUCGG